UGAAUGUUGAUUGGUCAUUGGUGGUUGAUUCAUGAUUGUUGACAAAUUUUAAUUUAGAUUGGUUGUCUUCUGUGUUUUUUAAAUAUUUUUUGUCACGUUUCUUGUUAUUAAAAACCAAUGAUACAAUGAAGGUAAAUUAAUGUGAGAUACAUGAAUUAAUGAAAUGGCAUGCAGUAAAGAGGAGAUCGAAAGAAAGCGUUUAGCUGCAUUAGAAAAAAUUAAAAACAAGUUUUCCCAGUCAGCGCAGCAAAAUGUAAAUAAAUCACCAGGACCCUCGUAUACAAGUAACUUUUCGAAAAAUACUAGGGAUAUCUCUAUCUCUAAAAGCCCUGCGUUUCAUCCAUACUCAAGAAACGAUAAAAACAAUACAGCCGAAAGUUCUGUGCCUGUAACAAAAGUUGUGAGUGGAACGGUAUAUUUGAUAACGGAGGAUCGUUUUGAAGUAAAUCCAUCAGAAUUUUGUACACCUUUGAUAAAUAUCUUCAAAACAAUACCAUCAAAAAGUUAUGAUGCCAAAUCAAAAUUAUGGAAUUUCUCAAUACAUGACUAUGAACAGUUGAUGUCUAAGGUGGCUCCUCUUGCUCCACAUGUGGUGUUGGGAACUUUGCCACAUUAUGUUCUAAAGAUACUCAAAGAAAAUAUCAUGAACCCUAAUUCUAUAGAUUUAUCUCCUAUAGAAUCAACGUUAAGGACCAAAUUAAUGCCCUUUCAAGAAGAUGGUGUCAGAUUCGGCAUUGCACGGCGCGGGCGUUGUAUGAUAGCAGAUGACAUGGGCUUAGGAAAGACAUUCCAAGCACUGGCUAUAGCUAGUUAUUAUAGACAUAACUGGCCUCUUUUGAUUGUCACCACUUCAUCCAUGAGACACACUUGGCAAAGUAAAAUACACGAAUUGUUACCCUCCAUUCCAAUGAUGAAUAUAGUUACUCUAAUAACUGGUAAGGAUGCCCAAAUGGUCGCCGAUAGACAGACUGAAGUUGUAAUCGUGAGUUAUAAGAUAACAACAAUGCACACGGAUCUUUUGAAGAGCAAGAAAUUUGGUGCUGUUAUAAUUGACGAGUCCCACUACCUCAAGUCGCACAAGGCACAGUGCACAGUAGCACUACUGUCUAUAUCCCGGCAAUGUUCCCGCGUAAUACUGCUCAGUGGAACACCAGCUCUGAGCAGACCGGCUGAGUUGUAUACACAACUGUCUUUGAUUGAACCAAAGAUUUUCACGAAUUAUACGGAAUAUGGUAAAAGGUAUUGCGCGGGUAAACAGACGAACUUUGGGUGGGAUAUGUCGGGACAAUCUAAUUUAUCUGAACUGCAGAUAAUUCUGCAAAAACGGUUCUUAAUACGAAGGACUAAAGAACAAGUUCUUACGAAGUUGGAAGAAAAGACUAGAGAAACAGUAUUACUCGACCAAACAUUACUGCAAUUCAGCAAAGAGGAACAGCAGGGUCUCAGCCAAAUGGCGGAAGCGUACACGCGCAGCAAAUCGACGGAUAAACAUGCGGCGCUUAUCACGUUCUUUAGCGAAUCCGCUGCCAUCAAGAUACCCGCGAUUUGUAAAUACCUAAGGCAAUUGUUGAAAGAAUUCACGGGCAAGUUCCUAGUAUUCGCACACCAUCGUAACGUUAUAGAGGCGAUAUGUUCCACACUAGACGAAGUUGGCAUACAUUAUAUUUGUAUAGUUGGAUCGACUCCUGCGCAUGCGAGAGCAGAUUUAGUGGACAAAUUCCAACACAGUCCGACAUGUCGUUGCGGCGUGUUAUCGAUAACAGCGGCGAACUCGGGACUCACUCUUACCGCUGCUGACCUGGUACUUUUCGCGGAAUUGCAUUGGAAUCCGGGAAUCUUGUCACAAGCGGAAUCACGUGCGCACCGUUUGGGCCGCGCGGGUGCGGUGUGUGCGCGCUACUUGCUCGCUAGCGGCACCGCCGAUGACGUCAUGUGGCCGCUGCUGCAGGACAAGCUGCACGUACUGAACAAUGUCGGCCUAAGUAAGGACAGCUUUGAAGAUACAACAGUUAAACAUCAGGAAAGUAAAACGAAUAUAACACAAUACUUGUCUCCGUGCAGGCCGAAUAAAAACAACUAUAUACCAGGAACAAACAUAAGGAAGGAUGCCAAAAAUGAACAUAAUGAAUCUCAAAUAAACGGACAAACAGACAGUGUAGACAAUUUCUUAGAAGAUGAUGAAGGAGACGAAUUAUUAGCAAAUUUUGAUUUAUGAUUGUUAAGUUAUUAAUAGACAUUAAUUAUAAUAUCUUUGUUCUCGAUUUUAAUUAUUUCUUUCAUAUGUUACUGAUUAAGUUAUUAAAGCGUUGAUAAAUAAAUAUGUUAAAAGUUA